AGCUAACCACAGCAAGGAAGGAUACACGUUCGCUUAGGUAGGAAUGGCAGCCCGCCAUGGUAGCAGGAGGACAAAGGCAGAGCAGUGGCUAUUCGGUGGGAGGUGGAGAGGUACCGUCAAAGAGACGAGCCAUUCCGUUGCCUCCGAGGUUAAGCCCCGAAAUCCCAUCACCAUUCAGAAGGAUGAGGAUAUCUGCCUUGAGAAGUCUAGAGUGCAUCUUCCUGACCUGGGACAGAGGGAGACCAUUGACAUUGCGCCCGGGAGGAAAUCGAUGCCGGAGAUGCAGAUCAACAUGAAAGAAGUAGUUGCGGUGCUGGGGGUGAAGGUGAUGGCUGCAGACAUGCCGCCGUUCAUGCAGUUGCAUGCGUUCCGAUGUGCUAAGCGAUCUCAUGAUAGCUUGGACAAGUUCAGUUCGAGGCAGCUGGCCCAUGAUGUGAAGAAGGAGUUUGAUAAAGUGUACGGACCUACAUGGCACUGCAUUGUCGGUACAAGCUACGGCUCCUUCGUGACGCACUCCAGAGGUUGUUUCCUCUACUUUUCUAUGGACAAGAUCAUCGUGAUGCUGUUCAAAACCAAGAUCAGAAAAGUGUCUCCAUCCUGAACUUCUGUAACUAAGAUGUGUUGGCUUUGUCUCAUACACCAUCAUCAUGAAUGGUUAGUCUAGUUGUGCGAGGUCGGAGCUUGGGAACAGGGGAGCCAGCCAACCUGGCAACCUCAAUGAUUGUUGGUUGCGAGCUACAACUGGAAGAUGCUGCAAGGUGAAUAUGGCACCGCACUGCCUGCUCUUUUGUAUUGAAUUAACAGUUGAAAAAGGCGAUGAUUAAGGGACAGCUCUGACAAGUUACAGUGAUCACCGUCGAAACCACGUUGUAAGAUUCCUGAUUAGUACGAUGGAUUGCCUUAGUGGGGGCCAUUUGUCUAAGGCCAUGCCUUGUUCAGGACUUGUAGAUUAAUCAAAAUGUUUGUCUUGCCUGCGUUCAACACUGCACAUCUGUAAGAAGAAAUUUGGUACUGGUUCCAUGUGACUGUCACGCACCGUGUGACGAUAUGCCGAGGUUCAUCAGAUUGAUGUUAGGAAAUCUUGUGAUGACAGAUCUACUCACUCCGAUCCUAAAUUGAACCUGUCAAUUGUAUCUAA